ACACUCAGCACUUCUAAACCCACCAGUCUGAGAAGACAAAGACCCCAUCAUAAUCUCUCUUACACUCUCUCAAACACGUUCUCAGACACGCUCUUUGACAACAUGGCUGCCACAUCUCUCCUGCUCCUGUUCAUCACUCUCCUGCCUGCUCCAGGGCUCACAGCCUACCAGGACUCUGGGAUAGUGAAUGGAGCAGAAGCCAGACGCCACUCCAAACCCUACAUGGUCUCUGUACAAGCAAAGAAGUCACACAUCUGUGGAGGGUUCCUCGUGUCUGAGAGCUUUGUCAUGACAGCCGCCCACUGCUACAAAUGGGCUGUGAAUCUGACGGUUGUGGUUGGUGCUCAUGACAUUACAAGACAGGAAAGUUCUUCUUACAGGAUUGAUGUGAAAUAUUACCACAUACAUCCUGGUUACAAUGCUAAGAGAUUGGAGAACGACAUCAUGCUAUUGCAGCUUGUCAAAACGACCCCGAAGAGCAAAGCUGUGCAGCAGAUCCCUCUCCCUAAGAAAGACCAGGACAUCAAGGCCAAAUCUUUCUGUACCGUGGCAGGUUGGGGUGCCACAGAAACAGGGGGCACUGUAAACCCACGCCUCCUGGAGGUGAAUGUCACCGUUGUAGACAGAAGUUCCUGCCAGAGAUCUUGGGGGAACACUGCCACCAUAACCCCGUCUCUGAUAUGUGCCGGUGGUACCCCUGCUGAUUAUAAGGGUUUUUGCCAGGGAGAUUCAGGAGGUCCUCUGGUGUGUAAGGGGACAGCAGUAGGAGUUGUGUCAUUCAACCAGCAAGGAAACUGCAAUGAGCCACAGAAGCCCAACGUCUACACCAAAAUAUCCAAGUAUCUUUCCUGGAUCAAGUCUAUCAUUAAGUAUUAAGGAAUGAGACAUUAACUGAGUGACAAAUAUAUAUCAUUGUAUCAAACAAUAAAGGCUGUCCGUUCUUCAAUGAGCUCUGUACCGUGUCUGUGUGCUUGUGUGUGUGUGUGUGUGUGUGUAUGCUCGAGUAGGAUAGAGUGUAUAUGCAUGCACGUGUGUUACGGAUACAAAUGUUCUGUGUGUAUCCUGUGUGUAUUUCUUUUCUCUCCUUCUCCCCUACUCACAGGUGACAAUAAUCAUUCCCCAAUCAGUCAUCAAUCAGUCGCUAAUCGGAAGACACCUGCUCCUUUCCCCUACCCAAUCACAGUCCCUUUCCCUUGGUUUAAAACCCCUGUCAGUUGUUUUCUCCAGAGCUCAAUCUCUUUUGUAAAUGCCUUCUGUCUGUAGAUCGCUUGUGUGUUUUGCAUCUACAUGUCACCUUGUCCCCACCUGUGAGUAUUGUUUUGGUUAUGGUGUUUGAGUGUUUGUUUGAUGGCGGGAAAGGGGAUAACCAGACAAGUUGCCCUUGGGCUACACUACCCGUAGUUAAACAUUGUUAAAAACACUAGUUAGAACUGGGCGGACCACCCCCUGUAUUUUUGGUUAGUUAGUUAGCUGUUUGUGAAGUAGGCUAGUCUAGCUUAGGGGUG